AUGAAAAAGGGCACUUCAAACUGGCCUCGAUGGUUUAAUGGUUAUGCCAUUGGACUUGAAGCUGGUCUUGUACUGUCGUCGAGGAUGGUUAAAUACAUCGGUGACGAUGUUGCAGUGAGCUGUUUGCCAUGUCAGUUUAACAAGGAAAGCGGAUACGAGAUUGCAGUGUCGAGACUGGAGAAUGAGACUGCUACAAAUAGUGUUGUUCUCCUCAUUGUUAAAGCUUCAAGCUCGACGCUGGAUAUCCCUGUCCGUUACAAAGACAGGAUCACUUUCAAUGGCUCACUCGAAAAUCUUAACAUUCGGUUUCUGUUGAAGAAUGUUUCUGGGAACGACGCGGGAAUCUACAAGUGCAGUCAAGGCAGUUCUAUAUCAUGCAAUACCUCGCUCAUCGUUGUCGAUACUCCAGGCAAACCUAAUGUAACGAGUUUGGGACCUGCGGUUGUCCAUCACAAUGUGACCUUGGCCUGUUCUGCAAGGUCACGCAGUGCGCCUGAAGGUCAUGGACUGAAGAUGAGUUACCACUGGAAGAUGGACGGAGAGCUGAUACAAGAUGGCCGCUAUUUCGUGCGUGGUGGAACUGUGUCCUUUGAGGUUUCAAGGAAACUUGAUGGAAACCAGUUCAGUUGUUCCGCUGAGGAGGAAAAACUUGUUUCCGAGGAAAGCGACCCAUUCGCUAUCUCUGUGGAGUACAAACCGAGAAAGAUACGAUUUGAGCCCGACAGCAAUGUCCGAGUCGUUGCCGUUGGCAAAGUGCUGGAUGUGUUGUGUACCGCAGACUGCCGUCCUCGGUGCAGGUUGUCGUGGGUGAAUCGCCAGACGAAGCGGGAAGUGGCCGGUGUGAAUGACACCAUGUUCAAGUUAGAGAGCGUGACGCGCAGCGACCACGGAAACUACACUUGUACCGUGCAGAACCAGCAUGGAAAGAGAUCGAGAAAUCUGUUUGUUGACGUACAUUCUGAACCGAAUACACGAACUGUGAGAGUCACGCGGAUAACCCAGCACGAGUACUCGAGCCAGUACGAGAUCGGACGGGCGAAGUGCUCCGAUUACGGAACGUAUUACUGCCAGUCCGACAACGGGAUCGGUAAUCCGGUCAAUGGAUUGACCUGGCAGCUCACUGUUUAUUGCGCUCCACGACUAAGUUCAAGGUCAAGUUUCGCCCACACUUUUGGCAAGCAAAAUGGAAAGCCGUUGACUGUGAAUCUGGAAAUCGAGUUGUAUCCUCUCCAUGACAACUAUCUCUUGUACCAAGUCAUCCACGGUGAGAGGCGGGAAUCAGCCAACGUUGUCGUCACUCCGAUCAACAGCGACACUGUCUACCUUCAUACCUACGAGCUGAUGUUUUUAGUUGACGUGAGGCUUGGUGUUGAGUCGUAUAGCUUUAUGGUGGAAAACAGUGAAGGCACAACUUUCAUUGACUUCAAUGUCACUCUCAUAGGUCCGCCAUUAACCCCGACAGAGUUUCUCGUGGAGCCUGGAACCGACUUUAUCACUCUGUACUGGGUUCCUGGCUACUACGGCGGGUUUCCGCAGAGUUUUGUUGUCGCAUACAAGACGGAGGACGAGUCGGAAUGGAAAACUAAAAACCUCGAACUUGACCCGAUCGACGGGGAGGGAAGAAACAUGACAGCCGUGGUGCGUGGGUUUCUGUCAGCAACAGACUACUAUCUACAGCUGUACGCGAUCAAUGUCAAAGGUCGGAGUGGAAACACUGAGGUCAUCAGAGUCAUGACCUUGCCUGCACCUGCUUCCGAGGCUAGUGCUGGGAUGGUAGCCGGGAUAAUUAUCGCUGUCAUCAUCAUCAUCAUUAUCAUUGUCAUCAUCAUCAUCGUGCUUUUCAUCAGGAGAAAACAGCAGAAGAAAGAGUCAGAUGUCGAGAGCACUGUAGAAUAUCAGAAACCAUUUUUAGAAGAACCUCAAGUGAACGCAGAUGGAUCGACGGUGGAUGAAAAAAAGGCAUCAGUUGAAGAGUUGUAUGCGGAAGUGAAGAAGAAUCCCAAAAUGACAGAUGAAGAAACACCACAUGAUAAUGGUGAAAAACCUCCGAAAGAUGAAAAAGAAGAAAAGAUGGAGGAAAACGAAAAAGCUCCUCUUAUACCUGACAAAAAAUACGACUCUGAGGAAGUGUCGCCUAGCAACAAUAACGACAUCCCUUCAAAAAAGGAGGAUGUCGUGUAUUCAGAUCUUGACUUCUCAGCAUUGCCGAGUGAAACCACGGAAACGCCUGUCAUCUGUGGAAAAGAGAACGCGACGAAUUACGAUACGGUUGACUUCACAAAGAAAGCUCUGCCAGAAGAUCCAGAACAAGAAGACGACUCGGCGUAUGAAAAUAUGGUCAUGAAAAAAUAGACCGUCACUGUGAUCAACAACUAAAUGUUUCUGGCACCAGUCCUUUUGUAAAUGUUUUCUUGCAAGUAGGAGUCUUAAGAAGAAAAAAAAAUAGACCAUCACUGUGGCUAGUAA